AUGCCUUUGGCUAUCGAUUUGUUGCACCCUGAUCCAGAAUUGGAGAGAAGACGCCACAAGCUGAAGAGACUUGUUCAACAUCCAAACUCCUACUUCAUGGAUGUUAAGUGCCCAGGAUGCUACAAGAUCACUACUGUUUUCUCUCACGCCACCACUGUCGUUGUCUGUGUUGGAUGUAACACCGUUUUGUGCCAACCAACCGGAGGAAAGGCCAGACUCACUGAGGGAUGCUCCUUCCGUAAGAAGCAACAAAACUAA